UUACGGUGCCGGGAGUCACACACACAUCUAAGAGAAGAUAGUUCUUUACGGAAUUACUUUGCGGCAAGGGACUGACUCCUGGAGCGGACUGCCUAAAGACCAAAUAGGCACUCGGAUUCUAAAGACUUUUGGCGUUGGAGAAAUGGAAGCUGCAAAGGAGCGCUUUCCUAGACUAAGGCAAGUUCUUCUCUUUGUUUUGCUGUCUCACACUUGGGCGGAGCAGGAAGAUUAUCGUGUCGCUGAAGAAACAGAGCGUGGCUCUUUUGUGGCCAAUCUAGCAAAAGACAUAGGGCUAGCGGUAAGAGAGCUGUCUUGGCGGAGGGCUCGGAUCAUUUUUACAAAUGACAAAAAAUAUUUUCAGCUGAACCUUCAGACGGGAGAUUUACAAGUAAAUGAGAAACUGGAUAGGGAGGAACUGUGUGGCCCCAUGGAGCGUUGUGUACUGCAAUUCCAAGUGUUACUGGAAGAACCUUUAGAGGUAUAUAGGUAUAAGCUUUUGGUCACUGACAUAAAUGACAAUUCCCCUGUGUUCCCAGAAGCAGAAAUGAUUUUGAAAAUCAUGGAAAAUACUCUUCCAGGGACUGCGUUUCCCCUGAAAAAUGCACAAGAUUUGGAUGUAGGUAUCAAUAAUAUCCAAAACUACACCCUUUAUCCCAACUCCCAUUUCCAUGUUCUUACCCACAAUAGCGGUGAAGGCAGAAAAUACCCGGAACUGGUUCUGGACAAAGUGCUAGAUCGAGAGGAGCAGCCUGAGCUUAGGUUAACUCUCCUGGCAGUAGAUGGUGGAGUUCCUCCUAAAACUGGGACUGCCUUGGUCCUCAUUGAUAUCUUGGACAUCAAUGACAAUGCCCCUGAGUUUGUGCAGCCACUCUAUCGUGUACAGAUCAUGGAAAACAGUCCUCUGGGAUCGGUUAUUGUCACUGUUUCAGCUAGAGAUUUAGACUCAGGAACAAAUGGUGAAGUAUUCUAUUCAUUUUUUUAUGGCGAUGAAGAGAUUAGUAGGACAUUUGCACUUGAUGAACUCACAGGAGAAAUUAAAAUAAUUAGGACACUAGAUUUUGAAAAAAUUAUGUCAUAUGAGCUGGAUAUUAAGGCCUCUGAUGGGGCAGGUCUUUCUGGAAAAUGCACUGUCAUAAUAGAGGUGGUGGAUAUAAAUGACAACACCCCAGAACUGACAGUGGCUUCACUUAUAAGCUCCAUCCCAGAAAAUUCCCCUGAGACCACGAUAGCUCUUUUCAGUAUUCAAGAUCGAGAUUCUGGGGACAAUGGGAGGAUGGUUUGUUCCAUCCAAGAAGAUGUUCCGUUCACUCUUAAACCUUCCGUUGAGAAUUUCUACAAGCUAGUAACAGAAGGAGAGCUAGACAGAGAGAGCCAGGUCGAGUACAACAUCACCAUCACCGUCACCGACCUGGGGACCCCCAGGCUGAAAACCCAGCACAACCUCACGGUGACCGUGUCCGACGUCAACGACAACGCCCCGACCUUCAGCCAGACGACCUACACCCUGCGCGUCCGCGAGAACAACAGCCCCGCCCUGCACAUCGGCAGCGUGAGCGCCACCGACAGAGACUCGGGCGCCAACGCCCAGGUCACCUACUCGCUGCUGCCGCCCCACGACCCGCAGCUGCCGCUGGGCUCGCUGGUGUCCAUCAACGCGGACAACGGGCAGCUGUUCGCGCUCAGGUCGCUGGAUUUCGAGGCGCUGCAGGCGUUCGAGUUCCGCGUGGGCGCGGCCGACCGCGGCUCGCCGGCGCUCAGCAGCCAGGCGCUGGUGCGCGUGCUGGUGGCGGACGCCAACGACAACGCGCCGUUCGUGCUGUACCCGCUGCAGAACGGCUCGGCGCCCUGCACCGAGCUGGUGCCGCGGGCGGCCGAGGCGGGCUACCUGGUGGCCAAGGUGGUGGCGGUGGACGGCGACUCGGGCCAGAACGCCUGGCUGUCGUACCAGCUGCUCAAGGCCACGGAGCCCGGGCUGUUCGGCGUGUGGGCGCACAACGGCGAGGUGCGCACGGCGCGGCCGCUGAGCGAGCGCGACGCCGUCAAGCACAGGCUGCUGGUGCUGGUCCGGGACCACGGCGAGCCGCCGCUGUCGGCCAGCGUCACGCUGCACGUGCUGCUGGUGGACGGCUUCUCGCAGCCCUACCUGCCGCUGCCGGACGCGGCGGCGGCCGAGGCCCGCGCCGACCCGCUCACCGUCUACCUGGUGGUGGCCUUGGCGUCCGUGUCGUCGCUCUUCCUGUUCUCGGUGCUGGUGUUCGUGGCGGUGCGGCUGUGCAGGAGGAGGCGGGCGGCGUCGGGGGGCGGCUGCUCGGUGCCCGAGGGUCCGUUUCCGGGCCACCUGGUGGACGUCAGCGGCGCGGGGACCCUGUCCCAGAGCUACCAGUAUGAGGUGUGUCUGGGAGAAUCUGGGACCAGGGAAUUUAAGUGUUUGAAGUUUGUUGUCUCCACGCAACAGAGGCCUGUGAAGGAUAUGGAGGAAAAGAAAUUUGUGAAUAGUUUUGGAUUCAAUUAGGAAUUUCGGUUAAGGAAUUUGGGUUCUUUUGAAAUAUGAUCGGUCUCCGUUACUGUUUUGGUCCGUAUAGAAUUUCCUGGGUAAUUUGCUGAUUCCAUAUUCCUAUUAAGGGGACUUGAAAUAUUCGUUCUGAGUAUAUACUCAUAUUUACUCUUUAUAUCAUUUCUAUUUUGAUAGAGACAAAGAAUUCUCAACUAUAUUGCAUUACCGAAAAGUCAUGAACAUGUGUUGAAUUUAUCAACUUUCAUUAUCAAGCAGUGUUGAUUUGAAGAUGACCCCAGUUCCAUCCUCUCUUUGAUUAUUAUAUGGAAACUCUAAAAUUUUCUUACAUUGUGGUUACUUAGAAAGCAUUAUAAUAUUAAUAUAAUGAAGUAUCAGUAUAACUUCUGUUUAAUCUGAUAUUAAGCCUACUUGUCUUAAUUUUUUAAAAAGAUUUUUUAUUUAUUUAACAGAGAUCACAAGUAGGUAGAGAGGCAGGUAGAGAGAGAAAGGGAAGCAGGCUCCCCGCUGAGCAGAGAGCCCUCUGCAGUGCCUGGAUCCCAGGACCCUAAAAUCAUGACCUGAGUGGAAGGCAGAGGCUUUAACCCACUGAGCCACCAAGGCACCCCAUUGUCUUAAAUUUUUUAAUGGAGAAAUGUUUGCAAAAAUUGCAUGUUUUUGUUUCACAAUAAGUAGUAUUAAAUAGAAAGGCUACAAUUUCUCCCAUACUUAAGUGCUUUACCUCUAUAUCAACCUCCAGUAUAUCAGCUAUAUGAAUAAUAUCAAAAGAUUAUUAGUUUAUAUCAAGAUAUUUAGGGGCACCUGGGUGGCUCAGUGGAUCAUGAUCCCAGGGUCCUGGGAUGGCGCUCCGCUUGGCACGGAGCCUGCUUCCCUCUCUCUCUCUCUUUGCUUACUGUGAUCUCUGUCAAAUAAAUAAAAUCUUUUUAAAAAAGAUAUAUAAAUGAUAGAUCCCUUGUGGUAUCUGUCUAGCCCACCCCAUCAUUUUCAGGAAACUUUUCUCCAGUAGAAGUGUAUGGUUGCAGCCAUGUUUAUUUUAUUUGAUCCAUUUCCGUCUUCAGACAAUCAGACAAGUUGGUGUUGCUAAUCCAAGCUUUGUAAAUCUCAUUUGUUAAAAACAACAAAGCAAAUCCAAAGAAAGCAAAUCUAAAAUAGUUUCUGUUAGGAAUUUAACAAGAAAAUGAUAUCAUGUUGGCUAAAUAAAUAGAAAGAAAAAAACAGAAGGUUAGUGCAUUUACAGAGAAGAAGAAAGGAAAUGCCUAAAAGGUAACAUUAUGGAUUUUCCAGUCCCUCCCAAGUCUGCUUUCUCCCUUGGCUUUUGGAAACAAGUAUAUGCACUUUUAAGAAAUGUCCCUUUAAUUAUGACUUCUAUGUGGAUUUCUCCCUUGUCAAAAGCAUAUCUAGAUUCUUGCAUGGCUUGAAAUGUACUCUUCGUUGGAGAUUUUUAAAUUGUGUUUUUUUAUUAAUAUAAUAAUAUUUGGGAUCAAAAGUUUGUGGAAUAUUAGUUGUCUGUAAAGGACAAGCACAAACUCUGGUUAACAUAUAUGAUUUUGAGAAGAACUGAUGGCUAUUUUAAAAUUUUACAGUGUUUGGUGUGUCUUAUGGAAAUUCUUAGAAAAUUCUCAUAUGUAAGAAAGUUUUAAAUAUUAUUACUGUUAUAAUAAUAUUGACAAUGUAAAAUGUGAUUUAAAAGAGAUGUAUACCAUAUUUGUAGGAUAUUUAUAGCCUGGUAGUUUUGUUCUGGUUUUUUUGUUUUGUUUUGUUUUUUAGAAUCUAUUCCAUUACAUAGGGGAUGCCAGAGAAUUUUAGCAUUUAAUGAAAAACAUUUAGAUCAUUCUGAAGUACUGCAAAUUACUUUUCUAAAGAGCAUAUAAAAUGGCUACUAGGGAACAUGGUGUUUUGUUUGUCCAGCUCAUAUAAUGUACUAGGAUUCCAGCAGAAAAAAAAGGGGCUUCUAUGUUAGGAGGAGAGUCCAUCUAUCAAAAUUUUUAAAUUGUGAUUUAUUGAUUGACCUAUUGAAUAUCGGUUGAGCAUCUACCAUGUGCUACGGACUGUUCUAGAUGUUGGGAGAUGUAGAUAUGAACAAAGCAAAGAUCUCAUGCACAAGAAAGUCACAGAAAAGAAAAAAAUUAAAUAUGUACAUCUAGCUAUAUCAGAUAAAUGUGAAGGAGGAAAAGCCAGGUAAGAGAUAUAGAAAGUGUCCUCAUAUGCAUUUUCCCAUAGUUUGAAAGUUUUAAAACCAUAGUUCUCUGACCUUAUGUCAAAAUGGUAUCAUCUUUUGUAAUAAACUGAAUUCACUGUU